AAGCUCCACAAUUUCAUAAGCAAUUCUCUUAUUCUCCCUCUUCUUUCCCUCUCUCUCUCUCUCUCUCUCUCUCUCUCUCUAUUUCUCCAAAAAUAAGAUUCCUUUUUCAUGGUAAUCAGCAAAAACCCGAUGUGCUCAAGCAAAUUUUUUUACUUUUGCUAGUGUGGCGAAGAGGCGAAAAAGCGAAGGUAUUUAUUACGCGUUUUAUAAUUGGGGGAAGGGCAUGUGACUCUGCAUAUCGUCCAAGUCAAGUCAAGUUUUGUGCGAAAUUUUUAACACUUUACCUGCCGCAGACUAUGGAAAUCACCUGGACUGGUAGAAUCACAUUGCACGGCAACGAAUACUUUCGUUUGGAUGUCCUUUGAAUGGCAAACAACAACGACGUAAACACGAAACAAUCAGUCAUGUUGUCGGAAAAAUUUAAGAAAAAGUGGAACAAAAAGGAUAUGGGUGAAUCGAUAUCUUUUACCAAGGAAAAAGCAGAUGAUGUCCUUCGUGAACAAGAGAGGAUUGCAGAAUUUCUCAGCGCGAAAGAUGUAGCGCCCUGGUUUCGCGGAACGUCCGUAUUUCAUUUGGAAGGGGCAAAUCGCCUCUUUAAUGCCAUACGUGAUGACACGGAGCAAAGUACAUCGCAUCGUGUACGGGCUUGUCUUAAUUUGCUGGGUCUGGACCCGAUUAUUAGCUCAAAGGAAAUUAAAUUCUUAAUGCGUUUAAGUCGGGGCAACGAUUUAGCUUUCCUAUGGUUUCUCAUGGAAUUGCACUAUCAUACACCGAAACCGCAUUUUAGCGUUAACGAACAAUUAAUAUGCUCAGCCAUUUGUCACCUGGAUAUGAUAACAACGCUAAGAGAGUUGGAUAAAAUUCUGCCGGAUUAUCAUAAAAUUAAACGCAGAAAAGCAUCGAGCAGAAGCGAAAGACCAAAAUCAAUAUCCGUUUAUACAAAUAAGAUGAAAACCAAAAAAAAGUAUAUUUUACCUUAUUUUGAAAAGUUGCGAAAGCCAAAAUUGUAUGGCAAACCGCUGGUGCUGAAAUUACCAAAUUUCAGUGUAGAUGUCAACAUUUACAAGCCUUAUACCGAUCCUAACUAUGUGGUGCCGAAUGAGAGUAACCGAUGGUACGCUAACUAUCAGUUUCAGACCAGCAAGCGUAUUGCGAAUCGCAUUAUACGCGAUGAAAUUGGGGCGAUGUUUAAAGAUCUUGAAGGAGCCAAAUUGAAGGCUUCUCAAAUACACGUAAUAUGCGAUUAUCACAAAACGCUUAAGGGAAUCGAAGAGAAAAUGCAUCACGAGUUACAAGUUAAGUUAAGAGAUAAAUGCCUAUUAAAGUAUUUCGGUUCGCUUAAGAAAGCAGAAGAACGAGCCGAGGCAAUGAAAAAACGAUUGGAAGAAGAAAUUGAAAAACAGAUGGAUAUAUUUCGCAAAGAAGCGCGAACUAUUCGUAAGCAAAUGACUUUAAAGACGCUUACGAGUGAAUGCGAACUUAUCGAUGUUGUGCUGGGAGAGGAAGGUGUGGAAAUUUGUAAAAAAACUGAUGAAGAAAUUAAAAGUGCGAAAAAAAAGUGCGAAAUAGCGCCCGACAAGUGUAACAAGGAUAACGCCGACGAGCCGAAGAAAAGCAGCUUCGUUGCUAAACAAGCGCAUAUAAAGGGCGUUACCGACGACGCAGAUGCGAUGAGCAUUUUGAGUAAGGAACAACUGAUUAAUGUCGAAAAUUUACAUCCGCGUAUUAGUGCGCGUUCUUCGCGCGGCAGUGUACGACGUGUGUCGCACGUUUCCAAUUUAUCAAAUUUUGCCAGCACAUACAUACGCCCCUAUGAUUACGGUCAUAUUUGUGUGACCCCAACAGAAUCGCAGACAUUCUUUCAAGCGCCUACAAAUCAUAAACCGUUUACUUUUGAUUAUCGUAAAAUUUUCGAGUUUAAAGACAAAAGCUCCGCCGACGAUAUGAAAAUGAAGAAUGUCUUUUUGGAGGCCUUGGAUGAAGACAUUUCGAAUCUAACCGCAUUACAAAAGGCGAAAAUGAACGUUCUGGAAAGUGCUAAAAAAUGCGCUAACAAAAUAUGGCUUGAUGCCGUUAAAGAACGCUUAGAAAAAGAUGCCGAAGAGUUAUUAUAUAGGCAAGGCCUAGGUAAACCGCUAGUACAAUAUCCUAAUAAUGCCUAUUAUGAUCCAAGGGAUAAAGUUUUAAUGGAAAAAAUGCUAUUCGACGCUUUUGAGUAUUUGCGUAAAAAUCCAAAAUUUGUUUGGGCUCAGUUACCUGAAGCUCACAAAGUGCCUAUGUUAAGGGAAUGGAUAGCCCGGCGAUAUGGUAAAGUGUACACAAAUAAAGAGCGUUGGCGUUCGUAUAGAGUCUCUUUAAAGAUAUUUCAAGCACUGUACACAUUGGAUAUGUCACUCCCACCGCCGACUGCUGCGCAGCUGGGUCGCAAUAUGUUCCUCAGUUAUAAUUGUCGCGAUUACAUAGAUAAGAAGGGUCAGGCAAUUAAAAAUGAUUACGAUCGCCGUCUAAAUGAGAAUAUAAUGGAACAAAGCCGCGUCUUUUGGUUUGCUAUGCAAGGCCAUCUUUGCUCUGGCGGACCUCCACGUAAUACAUUUUUUGCUUACAUGCCAUCCCGAUACCGCGACAUUCAACGUUUCCGUCUAUGGAAAUCGAAUGAGUAUCGAAACUAUAAGCGCGCUUAUGAGAAGCGGCGGAUUAAUAAAUAAAUGAAUGUAAUCUCUUUCAACUUUUGACUUCUUUCUUUUUAUGUCUUCAAAUUUAAUAA